AAUCUUUUUAUUUAAUUUAUUUUCAGGAAAAUCUUGGAGGUAAUUCAAAAACAGUUAUGUUGGCAACAAUAUCUCCCGCAAGUAUACAUGUAGAUGAAACACUGGCUACUCUAAGAUAUGCUUGCCAAGCUCGACGCAUAGUAAACAGAGUGAAAGUAAAUGAAUCUGAACAUGAUAAAGUAAUUAGAGAAUUAAAAUCUGAAGUUGAGAGGUUAAAAUCGUUGCACUAUGAAUACGAACGCCAGAAGCGGCUUUCUAUUAGUACAAACGCAACUCCAAGAACAAUUAUAAUUGAGACUUCAAAUAUAAAUGAAACUGAAAUUGAGAAUCUAAGAGAACAGCUUUCAGAAAGAGAGAAAGAACUUCAGCUAGCACAAAAAUCAUGGAUGGAACGUUUGAAAGAAGCUGACGAUUUAAGAAAAUCUGGUCUACAUUUACUUAAGCGAAAAGGGCUUGCAAUAGAGCUAGAUAAAGAGCAGAAACAUGCUUGUCUGAUCAAUUUAACAGAAGAUCCAAUGCUAACUGAAACUCUUUUUUAUAUAAUACCAAAUGGGUGUGUAAAAAUUGGGCGAACAAGAUCUACCUUAAGUGGUACAAAACCAGAUAUAAUUCUUGAUGGACCACUCGUAGCUCACAAUCAUUGUAUAAUUGAAAAUAUAAAUGGCGAACUUUAUGUUACCCCAGAAAACAAAGAUUUUGAAACCUAUUUAAAUGGAGAAUUAGUCAAAAGUAAGAAACAAAUUUUUCAUGGAGAUCGCUUAGUAAUUGGAGGGUCUCAUUUUUUCCGAGUUUCUAAUCCUUUUUGUUCUCAGAAAGAGAAGAAAAAGAAAAUGGCUGACUUUUAUCAGGCCUAUCAGGAGGUACUCGAAACUCAAGAAGAAAAGUUACGUCUUGAAUUGGAAGAGGAGAAGCGAAUCGCAUUGUCUGACAUUGAAACGAACCGUAUUGAGCAUGAAAGAGAUGUUAAAGAACGCAUGGAUAAAAUUGAAUUAGAGCAACUAAUGUUGAAAUGCAACAAGGAAAUUCUGGAAUCGGAGAAAAAAAUAAUUGAUGAAAAGAAAAAUAAUAUAAAAACCAUGGAAUCCGACAUACUCUUAAUCAACCCUGCGAAAAUGAAUGAAUCUAAACUGUUUGACGAAAUUAAUAAUAUUAUGCAACAACCAAGUCAAGGAAGCUUGCACAAAGUUCAACUAAUGGUAAGAAUUAUUAUUAGAUUAUUUUGAAAUAUACGUACUCACAGAC